CUCAUGCCCAGGCCAAAGCCUACUAUCACAUUUUCGAUCUUCCCUUUCAAUGGACCUCCGCCGGCGGCCACCUAAACCUUCCCGGAUUCCCGCCGGCGUCCAGCGUGUUAAGGACAGCGACAACAAACAACAAUCUUCUUCAAUUGAUGAUCAGUCUCCAUCUCCGACCCCGAAAGCAUCGGACGCGCUUCCUCUCCCGCUCUACCUAACCAACGCCAUUUUCUUCACGUUGUUUUUCUCUGUCGCUUACUACCUCCUCCAUCGGUGGCGCGAUAAGAUUCGUAGCUCCACUCCCCUCCACGUAGUUACGCUCUCUGAGAUCGCUGCCAUCGUAUCCCUCAUCGCCUCCUUUAUCUACCUCCUCGGUUUCUUCGGCGUCGAUUUCGUGCAGUCAUUCAUCGCACGCGCUUCUCAUGAUCCCUGGGACCUCGACGAUGAAUCUGAUCCUAACUAUGUCAAUAAUCACCGCCUCGUCACCUGUCCUCCCGCGCAAUUAGCCACAAUAUCUGUUGCUCCUCCGAAACUGCCCAAUCCCGAACCAUUAAUUACAACUUUAGCCUCUGAAGAAGACGAGAACAUAGUCAAAUCCGUCGUCGACGGCACCAUCCCGUCGUAUUCGCUCGAAUCCAAUCUCGGAGACUGUAAACGAGCUGCGGCAAUUCGCCGCGAGGCUCUGCAGAGGACAACGGGGAAGUCGCUGGAGGGGCUGCCAUUGGAAGGAUUUGAUUACGAGUCGAUUUUUGGUCAGUGCUGUGAAAUGCCGGUAGGAUUCGUGCAGAUUCCGGUGGGGAUCGCUGGGCCUUUGCUGCUGGACGACUAUGAAUACUCGAUACCAAUGGCGACCACGGAGGGGUGCCUGGUGGCAAGCACCAAUAGAGGCUGCAAAGCGAUCUAUGCGUCCGGUGGUGCUACCAGCAGGUUGUUGAAGGAUGGCAUGACCAGGGCGCCCGUUGUGCGGUUCGGGUCAGCCAGAAGAGCAGCGGAGUUGAAGUUCUUCAUGGAGAAUCCCGAUAAUUUGGAUACCUUGGCCGUCGUUUUCAAUAGGUCAAGUAGAUUUGCAAGGCUUCAAAGUGUUCAUUGUUCCAUCGCUGGGAAAAAUCUGUUUAUGAGAUUCUGCUGCAGCACAGGUGACGCAAUGGGGAUGAAUAUGGUCUCAAAGGGGGUUCAGAAUGUCCUCGAAUACCUACAGAACGAUUUUCCUGACAUGGAUGUGAUUGGCAUCUCUGGAAACUUCUGUUCUGACAAGAAACCUGCUGCCGUGAACUGGAUCGAAGGUCGUGGGAAGUCAGUUGUUUGUGAAGCAAUUAUCAAGGAAGAGGUGGUUAAAAAGGUACUUAAGACCAGCAUUUCUAGUCUUGUAGAGCUCAAUAUGCUGAAGAAUCUUGUUGGGUCUGCUGUUGCGGGCACUCUUGGUGGAUUUAACGCCCAUGCUAGCAAUAUUGUUUCUGCUAUCUUUAUCGCUACUGGUCAGGAUCCUGCACAAAAUGUUGAGAGUUCUCACUGCAUCACCAUGAUGGAACCUGUCAAUGAUGGGAAGGAUCUUCACAUCUCUGUGACCAUGCCGUCAAUUGAGGUGGGUACAGUUGGAGGCGGUACUCAACUCGCAUCUCAGUCUGCUUGCCUGAAUUUGCUUGGCGUGAAGGGUGCAAACAAAGAGUCACCAGGGUCGAACUCAAGACUCCUGGCGACCAUUAUCGCAGGUGCAGUUUUGGCAGGAGAACUUUCCCUAAUGUCAGCCAUUGCAGCCGGCCAGCUCGUGAAGAGUCAUAUGAAAUACAACAGAUCUAGCAAGGAUGUCUCCAAGAUUGCUUCUUAAAACCAUUAUUAAACCACCAAUAAGAGGUAGAAACUAAGGAAGAGAGAGAACUCGGCGAAAGAAGAAAAACAGGGGGGUUGUCGCGCACAUUUCAUUGCUUCGCUUUCAUAGCUGUAAAGCCAGCAAUUAUAUGGAAGCAGGUCAAUCUUGUUGUGCGAUGGUGGCCCCUCUGUGUUGUGCCUAAUUGGGAUUUUUUAAAAUUUUGUUCCUUUUUUUCUCCCCUUUGUUAGUUGGUGCUAUUUGUUUGUACUUUUGUAGUUUGGGACCAUAGUUGUGUUAGGUAGUGGUCCUAGUCCUAGUGGUUUGAUUUUUAUUUUUUUUUAAUAUUUUAAAUUUUAUUUUGUCGUCUUUGUACACAAGAACCAGACCUCCCAUUCAGAUGACUUCAAUGGCACUGGGGCAUUCGUGGCUUGUAAUUACUUUCAGAUUUGUUUUAUAUAUAAUUAAUUCCAGAAUUGCUUUGUACU